AAGAUCCGGGAUGAGGUAAUGGGACGGUACGGAUAUGACUCUCUUGGUAAGGAGUCCGUCCAUACGGCCAACAGCACUCAGGAGGAGUAUGUAGAGAAGACUAGAGCCCGUUGUGACUAUGUGGUGCAGCAGGGAAUUAGCAGAUGUCAGGAUUGGUUCAGUACUAAGUGGAAAGAGUGUAUGAAUACCAUUCAAGCGCCUCUUAUAAACAACUUUCUCUGCAUUCCUAUGCAAUUCCACUUCCUGUGUGAUAUCAUGAGAGUGAUGACAUCAUGGUGCACAGAGAAAAUCCCAGUUGAGGGAAACUUUGGUCAGACCUUUGACAAACUAAACGACUCCAUCAACAGACUUGCAGAACACUUCACCACCAAUGUAGUGCUUAAGGUAUAGCAAACCCCCUGAGUUUUAAUAUAAAAAGGUAAAAA